CGCCGCCGCUGGCCCGGCAUCAGAGCGAGUGUCCGCGAGGUGUAGCCUGGCGCGCGUCUGCGGGGAGCGGGGUCAGGACAGCCUUCCCGCUGCGGCCCGCGGAGCCCCGCGCCCCGGAGCGCGGCCGGGGAGGGCCGCCUGGGAGGGCGGCGGAGAGAUGCUGUGGGGCGGCGGGCCCUAGACAGGUCCCCCGGGGGGCCGGGAAAAGCCCCGCAUCCGGGGCGGAGGCCGAGGUCCCGCGGGCUCCCGAAGAAGCCUGCGGGAACACUGGGCGUGCUUCGGGGAAUCUUCGGUGAGCGGGCCUUGCGGUCUACGAAGGCGGGGGAAGAGCAAAAUCUGCUACCGCCGGCUCCUCUGAAGAGACACCCCGUGGCGCCGAAAGCCUUGGGAGCGAGCGCUCCCGCGGGCGCGUCCCUGGUCCCAGCAGCGUCCGGGGCCAAACCGUUUAAAAUACAUUUUUGCAAGGUCUCGAGUUCUGGAUGUGUGGUCAGUGCUUCUGGAUCCCUCCUCUUCUGUCUCUUGCUCCUCUAGAAGAGUAUAGAGGCAUGUACUCCAGACGACUCAACGGGCUGCCUCCCAGGGAGGCACUACGUAAUUUAAGAGAGAAGUCAGUUUUUCGGAGUUGAGAAGGGCGCAGCAGCCUCUAGGGACCUCCAGGUUCUGGUGCUGCCCAGAAACACCAAAGCUCUGGGGGCAGGAGGCUGCGGUCAGCAGAGACCACAUACCUGGGAACGACUCUGGCCGUUCUGUCCCCACAAGUGGACACGCCCAACUGGGUGGGCGUCAUCAUGCUGCAGCAGCUCCUGAUCACCCUGCCCACGGAGGCCAGCACCUGGGUGAAGCUGCACCAUCCGAAGAAGGCCAAGGAGGGAGCACCCCUGUGGGAGGACGUGACAAAGAUGUUUGAAGGAGGAGCUCUGCUCCCUCAGGAUGCUGAGGAGACCCAGGGAGAAAGUUUGCAGGCUCAAGUCUCUUCUGGGCCCCCAGCAGCUGAAUCUCAGGAACUGUUGACCUUCAAGGACAUAUCUGUGGACUUCACCCAGGAGGAGUGGGGACAGCUGCCCCCUGCUCAUCGGAAUCUAUACCGGGAGGUGAUGCUGGAGAACUAUGGGAACCUGCUGUCAGUGGCAGGAUAUCAACUUUCUAAACCUAGUGUGAUUUCCCAGUUGGAGAAAGGACAAGAGCCAUGGAUGACAGAGAAAGAAGGCCCAAGAGAUCCCAGUUCAGGCUUGAAGAAUAAAACAGAAACCAAUACGUCAGCAUCAAAGAAUGACAUUUUACAGAAACAGUUAUAUCGUGGCAUUUUGAUGGAAGGGUUCCUGAGAGAAGAUGUCAUUUAUUCCACCUUGAGAAGAGCCUCUAAAUAUGAAGGUGAGUUAGAAAGGCACCAGGAAUCCCAUGGAAGUGAUAUAAAACACGCCAUCCUGACCCCCAAGAAGAGUGACGAAGAAACUAACAAAUUUGGGGAAAAUAUUGUCAGCUCAAAUGUUACGAUAGAACAGAGGCACCGUAAAUGUGAUACACCUAGAAAGAGGAAUAAAUACAAAUUAGACCUGAUUAAUCACCCGAGUUAUGUAAGAACAAAAACCUAUGAAUGUAAUAUAUGUGAAAAAAUCUUCAAACAACCCAUUCAUCUUACUGAACACAUGAGAAUUCAUACUGGUGAAAAACCUUUCAGGUGUAAGGAAUGUGGAAGGGCCUUCAGUCAAAGUGCCUCCCUUACUACACACCAGAGGAUCCACACCGGCGAGAAGCCCUUUGAAUGUGAAGAAUGUGGCAAAGCCUUUAGGCAUCGCUCAUCUCUUAAUCAGCAUCACAGAACUCACACUGGAGAGAAACCCUAUGUGUGUGAUAAAUGUCAGAAAGCUUUCAGCCAGAACAUCAGCUUGAUCCAACAUUUGAGAACUCAUUCUGGAGAGAAACCCUUCACGUGCAAUGAAUGUGGGAAAACCUUCCGACAGAUUAGACACCUCAGUGAACAUAUAAGAAUUCACACUGGGGAGAAACCCUAUGCAUGCGCUGCGUGUUGUAAAACCUUUAGUCAUAGAGCGUAUCUAACGCAUCACCAGAGAAUCCAUACUGGAGAGAGACCCUACAAAUGUAAGGAAUGUGGGAAAGCCUUUAGACAGAGGAUACACCUUAGCAACCACAAAACUGUUCAUACAGGCGUGAAGGCAUAUGAAUGCAACCGCUGUGGAAAAGCCUACAGGCACGAUUCAUCCUUUAAGAAACAUCAGAGACGCCACACUGGAGAAAAGCCUUAUGAGUGUAAUGAAUGUGGAAAAGCCUUCAGCUAUAAUUCAUCGCUUAGUCGGCACCAUGAAAUACACAGGAGGAAUGCCUUUCGAAAUAAUGUGUAGAAAUGGAUCAUUCAAACACGAGAACAAAAGCUAACUCUAAAUCAGUGAUUCUGUGCUUUUAAAUUCCAGGAUUCUAAAUUUGAGGAAUUGAUGCAAUGAUGCUAGCUUUUAUUUUUGCCUGUUGUGUAAAUAAACAGUACAUUGAUAACUAUUAUCUACUAACACCUCUAUACAAAGUACUUAAGGGUAAAGGAUGGUCUUUCAAAUUAAAUUCAGCAUUACGGAUGAUGCACACAUAAUUGUUAUCGGAUUUCAUGGUAGAUCAGUUAUCUCCUUGGGGAUUCUCUGAUUUAUAGACUAACAUUUGGGAAGUACUGUUGAAAAUAUCACCAUCCCUAUUUUUUAAGUAACUUCCUUUUUUUAAAUGAAGAAACUUACAAAUGUGAUAGAACUCAAAAGGCAUAGACAUUUGUAUAAGUGAAAAUCCUUUUCCUACAUCCACCACCAAAUUCUGCCUUAGAGGCAACGAUUUUUUAUAACUUUUUAUGCACCCUUCAAGAGAUCUUUUUUAUUUGUAUCCAAGAGAAUACAAAUGCAGAGUUCUUUUUGAGCAUAAAUGGCAGCUUCCUCUGUCAACACAUCUGCACAUUACUUUUAUUAACCAUGUAUCAUGGAAGUCAUUCCAUAUUAGUAGAUGAAGUGCCUACUCACUCUUUUUUAUAACUGCAUGGUAUUCUGUGGUUUGAAUGUACUUUAAUUUAUUUAGCCAGUUCACUAUGGGUGGACUUUUGGAUUUCUAAUCUUUUGUUGCAAUGAAUAGUCUUAACACAUUUUUCUUCCUUACACAUGUAAGUGUUUGUGUAGGGUAAAUCCCAAGAACUGGAGUCUCUGUGUGCUAAAGGGUAUGUGCACUUGUAUGAUGGUUAUUGCCAAAUUGGCUUCAUAGAGGUCGGACCAGUUUAUUUUCCCACCAGCAAGAGAACUAGGAGCCACCCGAUGCUGAAGCAUGUCCUGGACCAACAGCCCUUUAGGUCAUCAAAGAAGAAUCCUUUUGUCUCAAUAACUAAGUGUGGAAGUCUGAGCUGCGUCCGCAGAAGGAGCGCUGCUUGCCAUUCCUGGAGCCAGAGAGGAGUCUGCAUCUUACCAAACAGCAGCCAAGCCCACCAAAAUCUCAGCUGGAGAAGGAGAAGCCCUCUUUCUACCAACUGCUCCAGUCUCUGACCUCUGGACUGGAGCUGCCUGAUCAAUGAGAGUUCCUUUAAAGAGACCAAUCCACUUGUCUUAGAGGUCAGAUCUUGGCUGCAACCCCUGUGGGAACGGAGCAACACUGAUAAUUGAGUCGCGGUACUUCAGAUGGCAGGGUGCCGAUGGAUGGUCCACCACACAGCAUUACAGGAUGGUUACAGUUAAUACGUGGAGGAAGAGAGACAAAAGGUAGGGCAUGACUGUCUAAUAAGCAUUAAUUAAUGAAAGUAUUAAUCAACAUUGCUUAUGUUGUGAAAACUGAGCACCAAGAUCAGGGCCACAUGGUUUUGUACAUGUUAAUUUUUCAAUCUGGUAAAUGUUUAUUAAAGUUUUA